UUCCAGUGGAGCUGAUUUGCAUUUUUAUUUUAUUUUUGAAUUUUUUUUGUUAGGAUCCCAAGUGGACCACAACUUGCAAUCAUCAGAUUGCAACUUGUACAGAAUAAUGUAAAAUGGUCCAUUAUUCUGUACUGAGCCUGGAAGCCUAGUACAGACUGCAACUCAUUAUUACAAGAGGGCGCUUUCCCCAAUCUCUGCCGGGGGAAAGGGUGUCUGAACCAGACUCCCGCUCAGUUAUCUCAACAGUAAUGGCCCACUUCCAGCAGGACUGCAUCUUCCUCAGUUCCUUUGGUACAAAGUCAUUUGGUGUGAAGUGGAAGCUCCUGGUCGCCAAGGCUCAUUUGCAGGUUGCCAUAGGGACAUGGCAAAAAGGAUUUAUUCAUCCUUACUUCUUAGCAAUAGGAAAUUCUCUUCCCACGUAUUAUUUUGUCUAGAUGGGAUUAGAAGCAUCUUGAGAACCGUCAGGUAUAUUGUGGUUCAGUCUUGCUUUUUUGGUGAUCUUGCAGCUAUUUGGGGUCAAGAUGAAAUACUCUGUGGGUCAUCAAACUGAUUCACUGAGGAUGGGUGAAGAAAAGAAGAAUACCACUGAUAUGAUACUAAACCUUACUCUGGAGAUUAUAUACCUGCUGACUGGAGAGAAUUAUGGACCUUUGAAUAAAUCAGGUAAACAUAUGAAAUCAAUGUGGCAAACAUACAUAUCAGGCAGAUGGAGUGGGACCCAGAGCCCCUUUAUGGUGCCUUCAUCUUGCUCGAUCACACAGGAAAAAAGCAACGAGCUGAAGAUCCUAGAACUCACCCACAAAAUCAUUCAGCUGCUGAGUAGAGAGGUUCCUAUAAGAUGUAGGAUGCUCACUAUCUAUUUCUCCAUGGAGGAGUGGGAUUAUUUAGAAGGACACAAGGAUCUGUACGAGGACAUCAUGAUGGAGAAACAUCAGCGGCUGGCACCACAGGACGGAACCAGUAACAGAGAUCCACCAGAGAGAUGUUCCAGUCCUGAGCAUACCCAGAAUUGUCCAGUGCCACAACUCCAUGUCCCACAAGAUUCUCAGGCUGAAGACUUCAUCAAGAUUAAAGUAGAGGAGAUGGAUGAAGAGCAAGUGAUGAAUGGUCAGAACUAUGAGGAGGAAGUGUCUGCAGAUUUAUGUCCAGUUUACAGAAACACCCCAUAUGUGGUCGGAAACUGCUGUACAGGCACACGGCAGGGCGCAGAAGCAGAUGGACACCUGAUUAAUACCACAGAGAAAUGUCUCAGUCUAUAUCCAGAAGUUGAAGAUGAUAGCAUACUACGAAAUCAUUCAGUACAAAAUCCUAUUACUCCAAAUAUACACCCAGCCCUUCAUGUCCUAGACCACUCAUAUGACCCCACUAAUGUGGCUCAAAUGGUUACACAGAGUUCUGCUCACAUUGAUAAUGCAAUAUAUGCAGGUUUAGAUUCUCAUAAUGACUUUUUGUUAGGAAAACAUGACCAUGUAUGCCUUGAAUGUGGUCGGUGUUUUGGACAGAGAUCUAACCUUAUCAAUCAUCUUAAGACACACACUGGGGAGAAACCAUUCCUGUGUUCUCAGUGUGGAAAAGGAUUUGCUAAAAAGUCAAAUCUUUUGGAACAUCAACGAGUUCAUACAGGGGAGAAGCCGUAUGUAUGUCCUCAUUGUGGGAAGAGUUUUGCCCAAAAAUCCAAUCUUCUUGGACAUCUUCGAGUCCACACAGGAGAAAAACCGUUUCCUUGUUCUGAAUGUGGGAAAUGUUUCAAGAAUAAAUCUCAUCUGGUGGAGCAUCGGAGAACUCACACAGGGGAGAAGCCAUUUCCAUGUUCUGAGUGUGGAAAAGGUUUUACAAACAAGUCCAGGCUUCUUGAACAUCUCAGAAUCCACACGGGUGAGAAGCCGUUUUCUUGUUCACAGUGUGGCAAGUUAUUCACAAAGAAAUCAAACCUUGUUAUACAUCAGAGAAGUCGUAAUCAUUUAUGAAGACUGAAGCCUUAUCCUUUUAUGAACCAAUUAAUGGAACCAAUUAAUAAAAUGUUU